AUAACGGAAAUGCUUCAUAAUCUCAACAUUCUUUUCGUCAUCUUCCAAUACGUACUUUCUGACCUCAUCAAUGGAUUUUUGAUUGACAGCAGUACGACGACCAACUAUCCCAGCGUUAUAACGGACAAACAUUAUAUUGCCGUCAUCGGUUUGCUAAUGGAGGAAAGACAAUCACGUCAUAUGUUAGAGCAGGUUGUGAAUAGUUUACAACAGAAAUUACAAUCUCUUGAACAAAAGCACAUUUCAAAGCAUAUAGAAGAUAUUUCGGCUUUGCAGUUGAAAGUCAAUACUUUAAAUGCUUCAUGCAGUUUAUGUCAAAACAAUUUGGGAGAUUUGAAAAGCAAAUUCAACGAUUUAGAAAUGAAUUAUACGUUGUUGAAGGAUGAAAACCAGAAACUAUCACAAGACGUUGCAAUCUUGAGACAAACCCAAUCAGUUGGUAACAUAGGAACUUUAAAACAGCAAGUACAGGCAACAACAAACAGAGUAAAACAACUCGAAUAUAACAAUACGGUGACGCAUCAGGAUAUUAUUGCCCUGUCGAAAAGAACUAACCAAAAUGAAAUGGAUAUCACAACGUGCACAAGUGUUGGCCAAAAUCUUACUAAGCAAAUCACAUCGAUUAAACAAGAAUUCCUAAAGAAAACCCAAAAUGAUACAGCUAUUAAACGGUUAACCGAAGACCUAGAUUUGAGAAUAGCAAGUUUGGAAAUUAAUAUGACUUUUCUGAAUACUCAGCUAGCAUCAUUUACACAUAACAAUCAACCAGUUGCCUUCACUGCCUGGAAUGAAGGUGGGAACGUUACCUCUGACAAGGUGAUAAAAUUCAACAAAAUUAAGACAUCAAUUGGUGUAAGUAACCUGCCGGCCAUUCAUUCAACUGGAACUUUUACUGUAGAAAUAGAUGGUGUGUACAUUAUUGCGGUGACAGUCAACUCUGAUACGAACGAUUCAGCUUUUGAAAUUUAUAAAAACAAUACUCCUCUAUCUCGGGUUUAUAUUCAAGGAAAAGUUGGUCACAAUGACCAAAGUGGAACAAGUGUGGUUUCGAUUGAUUUACAAAAUGGAGAUACAGUCAGUGUUGGUUCACGCGAAACACUUCAUGUUGAGAUGGGUUGGUCAACAUUAUCUAUUAUUAAAAUUUAG